UUAUAAUUUCAUGCACAUGUAGCUCUAUAAGUAACUUGAGCAAGAAAGUCAUAAAAUACUGACUUCGUAAUAGAAACAACAACUGUUUUCAGUUCACCAUUGGAUAGAGCACUAUUCGUAUAGGUCACACCUAAUCAAAAGCUUGAAAAGUGCAACAAUAACAACGACAACAAUAUUUUCCAUACGGUUGUCUUAACUUCUAAACAAACUAUAGAAAUUAGAAAAACCCAUUUUAAAUAUAAAAUACAAAUUAAAAAAAACUGAACUGAACUGGACUGAAACUUGGAAUGACUUAAGUUUACCAGACACGUGCGACUAUUGACGAACCUCCUUGAAAAGUUCAUACCUCAAUCGGAAUCGAAGAAUAAUUUUUAUUUGGUGAAGCGUGAAGAAUUGCAAACAUGCGGCAAAAUUCUAGGCAUACAAACAAGUUCAUGGACAUUACUUAUGAAAUGUAAAUUUUAAUUUGAAUACAUCGUAUUUCAAAAUGUUUAAUCCAAAGUCGGUGGUAUUGCUGCACUUUUUUCUUAUUGGCUUUCAUUUGACGGAAAGUGCAGCAUCUUUUCAAUGUUUAAAAACAAGUGAUGCUCCUUAUGAAACUCAUGAGAGACAAUUGGGCAUCGGUCUGCAGGUUACAAAUAGACCGACACAUCAGUUGAUGACAAGGAUCUUUGAUAUAUUUCUGAGGGAGGUGCUUCACUACAUGCCAGUACGAAUUGUGCCCAUACAUUUGGAGAACGCAACGAAUCCCGAUAAUAUGUGGUAUAUUCUCAAUUAUGUGAGGUUCGUCUAUGAAUUGCGAAAUAUGACUAUGAUCAACUUGGAAGCUUGGGUGCCUUAUAAUUACGAGCGUUUGCCAGACAUGAUUCAAAGCGCAGGUCCUUCUAUAACGCCUGGUCGAUAUGGUUGGUUUGUGCCAAGCUCUCAAGUUCCCGAUACUGCAUCCAAUUAUUACACCAUGCACCACAAGAUCUUUGAAUACAUGAAUAAUACUUAUUACAAUCUCUACACAAUGGAUGAUAAUGUUAUAAAUCUUCUCAAGCAAAGAACCGUCGAGGAAUUUAGGAAUCCGAUUUGUAAUCACCAGAAAUGUGCUAUGUUGAUUGCUGAGUUUCGAAAUGAUUCGUUUUUCAUAGAGAGCACUUUAAGUAAAACCUAUCUAAAUGUCGUUUGGUUGGGAAAACAAUUUAAGCAGACAAUUGAAGAACUUACCGACAUUUAUGCAAAGCAUUAUCCACAUGGAGAAAAGAGAUUUAUGGUUCUCCAUUGGACACCAUCGAUGGUAAUCGAUGCCGAUAUUAAGUUUAAGCAAAUUAUAUUACCACGAUGUGAGGAAUCCAUAGAUCUACAAAAGACGCACUGCAAAUAUGAAUUAACGCCAAUAUUGAAAUACUAUGGCAAGGACUUGAGCGACGAAAGUCGGCUAAUCUAUGCACUGCACUCCUUCUAUAUGACUGAUGCACAUUUAACAUAUUUCCAAAAGGAACUUGGAAUGCGACGGCAUCGAAGCGAAGAUCUUGAGGACAUUUAUAAUGAAAUCGCUUGCAAUUGGAUGCGUGCAAAUGAGCAGACUUACAAUAAUUGGAUCAAACCAGAAGAGAAGCAAAUUCUUGCGAUUGGUGGCAUAUUUCCCAUUAAUGUUACAGAUCGAGGCCAUUCGAAUAUUGAGGAUGCCGCCCAUCGAGCCAUCGAGGCAGUCAACAGAAAUGCAACAAUUUUGCCAGGCUAUAAAUUGGUGCUAAAGACCAACGAUGGUCACUGCAAAUCCGAUUUGGUUAUGCGGGCACUAAUCCACUACUAUAAAAACGAUAAUGUUCUGGGCGUGUUGGGACCAGCAUGCAGUGAAACUGUCGAGCCCAUUGCUGGCAUAUCCAAGCACAUGAAUAUGAUGGUCAUGUCUUAUUCGGCUGAUGGUGCAUCAUUUGUGGAUCGCAAAGCGUAUCCGUAUUUCUUUCGAACAAUUGGUUCAAACACGGAGUAUGUGGAUGCACAUAUGGAAAUAAUGCAGCGAUUGGGCUGGAAUCGUGUCUCAACACUGACCGAAGAUGGCCUGCAGUAUGCGGAUUACAUGUCUCACAUGGAAAGCAAACUCAAACAGAACAACUUCACCUUGGCCUUCAAUCGCAAGUUUCAACCGAAUGUUUCAGCGGAAGAUAUGAAUGAGCAUUUAAGUCACCUCAAGGAAGCACAUUCCCGGAUUAUCAUAGCGGAGCUGCACAAUGGUAAUGCUGCCAUGGCCAUCUGCGAAGCCAUUCAUUUGGAUAUGACGCAAGCCAAGGAUUACAUUUGGUUUCUGCCUGCCUGGAUAUCAAAGGACUUUCGAGUAUGGCAAUCCAAAGUGCAUCAUCGCUGCACAGCCGAGCAACUAAGCAAUGCGAUGGAAGGACAUUUUAGCAUUAGACAUUCGCCAUAUGGCGAACCCGAUGCAUUGAUGCAGGAGAAUAUUACCAUCAAGAGUUGGCAAGAAACUUAUGCGCGCAAUUUCGAUAAGAAUGCCAAUUAUGUAGGAUUUGCCUAUGAUGCUGUCUGGGCUUAUGCCAUUGCUGCCCAUAAAUUAAUAGAGCAAGACACAUUUGCGAUCAAUGAUUUAAGAUCUCUCAAGACAAUUAAUCAACUGACUAAAUUCAUGUGGCAAACGGACUUUAAUGGAUUGUCCGGCCGGGUGACAUUCGGUCACGGCGAAUUUGGAGGAUCACGUAUCAGCGAUCUGGAGAUUUUACAAUGGCGUAAUGGCAGCUAUACGAAAGUAGGCGGCUUCACGCCCAAGUUGGAUGGCAUUGGAGACGAACUGCACAGCGAUGGAGGGUGUUUAUAUUUCAAUGCAAACAAAGCAUUCAAUGGCAAAAUCCCCGAGGAUGGCAGAUAUGAUUGCCGCUUCUCGGGUGUGGCGAGAGCGUUGCGCAUCGAUUGCGAUCUAGCCAAUAUGAUUGUUAGUAUUACCAUCUGUUUGUUGGUCAUUUUUGUGAUGUCCAUGAUCUCAUUUUACUUCUGGAAGCAACGUUACGAUCGCAAAGUCCGACACUCGGCUCAGAUUAUGAAAAUGUUUGGCAUCGAUCUGAUAACGCCAUCGCGCAAUAAACUAAAUACGCUGGACAAGUGGGAAAUCCCCAAGGAGAAUGUGGUGAUCAAUCGACGAUUGGGCGAAGGUGCUUUUGGUACAGUUUAUGGCGGUGAAGCGCAAUUGGGCUCCGGCAAUUGGACUGCAGUGGCCGUGAAGACGCUGAAGUGCGGCGCAUCGACCGAAGAUCGCUUGGACUUUUUGGCUGAGGCGGAGGCAAUGAAGAAAUUCAAUAACAAGAACAUUAUAAAGCUGCUCGGCGUCUGUCUGCAAAAUGAGCCGAUUUAUACCAUCAUGCAGUUUAUGCUAUAUGGCGAUUUAAAGACCUAUUUACUGGCCAGACGCAGCAUGGUCAAUGAGAAGAUAACGGAUGAAUCGGACAUUUCCCCCAAGCGGCUGACAAUGUAUGCGAUGGAUGUGGCUCGAGGACUCGCCUAUUUGGCGGAACAAAAAUACGUGCAUCGGGAUAUUGCCUGCAGGAAUUGUUUGGUCAACUCGCAGCGUGUCAUAAAGAUUGGUGACUUUGGUAUGGCGCGACCUACUUUUGAGAGUGAUUACUAUUGCUACAAUCGGAAGGGGGUAAGGAAACUCUUUCCGGUUCGUUGGAUGCCACCAGAGACGCUAUCGCUGGGUAUUUUUACAUCUGCCUCCGAUAUCUGGUCCUUUGGUGUGGUGCUCUAUGAAGUGAUAACGUUCGGGGCGGUUCCGUAUGCGGAGCUCACUAACAAUCAAGUGCUCGACCAUGUGAGGAACGGCAAUUCGUUGCGAAUUCCCAGUGGCGCAAAGCCGCCUUUGGAGGGUCUGUUGAAGGCGUGCUGGAGUCAGGAGGCGAGCAAACGUCCCACGGCUUUGGAUAUCAUUGAUUACAUAGUCAACUAUCCGAGAAUGUUGACGCCCUGCCUCGAUUGUCCGGGAACGGCAUUGCAAAUGCUCGAAACGGAUAGCGAUGAAAUGGACCUGCUGCCGCCAGGACGUCAAUCGUCGCCUCUCACUCAGGAAUCCAUGCUGGACAGUCUGCCAGAGAUGAAUAGCUCGCACAAUUUACGCCAAUUCAAUUUUCCCAGUUGCGAGAAGCUCAACGAUGUCAAAGUCAAGGAGAAGGCGGUGACGACGACACCCAACACGCCCCUUGAUAGCGCCGAUUCCUUUUCGCCCAUCACACCCGAUGGCUAUAGCAUUAUGUCACCGCUGCUAACGUAUAAGCAACCAAAUCCAUGAGAUAGCCUAGCUAUCACUUUGCUUUCACACUUAGUGUUUACUCUAUUUUUUUUAUCCUAUGCCUUGGUAUACUUUUUGGAAUACAGGCUAAACGUUUAUCCAUACUUUAAGUUUAACGCCACUUAUAUGCAAUCUACACUACAAUAGACUAGACAUAUGUAUGUAUAUAUUUUAGAUUAUAACUUUUUUUUUAUAAAUAU